GUUGCUUGAAUUUUAUGCUAACAUGCUAGUAGUAUCCAUGUUGUCAGGUCAUUCUGUUGAUAAAUUUUCGAGGAGUAAUCUUCCAGAAAUGGAGAAGCGCAAGUACCUGGUUCCAUGUAACAUGCCAGUUGGGCACUUUAUUUUCAUACUUCAUUCCAGGCUACAUUUGCCUCCAGGAACAGCGUUGUUUGUGUUUGUCAACAACACUUUGCCCCAGACUGCUCAGCUGAUGGGCAGUGUGUAUGAGUCAUACAAAGAUGAGGGCGAUGGCUUCCUCUACUUGUGCUACAGCAGCGAGAAGACAUUCGGUUGACCAACUCCUCCGUGGAGAUCUGCUUUGCUGUAGGUUUACCUCGGGCGUCAAUAAUAUAUGCAUGU